AUGGCAAAGAAGUCGCGCUGUAACGAGAAUAUAAUCAUGGAAAACCACGUCUUCAACAUACAAGAGACUGUCGCUUUCCCUAUUGCUAGAGUUAAGCGCAUUAUUAAACAAGACGAGGAUGUAAAAGCUUGUGCUGCUGACGCGACGCUUCUCAUCGCUGCUGCCGCGGAACUAUUCGUGGAAUUCGUUGUUAAGCAAAGCCUACAAGAAGCGCGUAACGACAAACGCAAAACGGUCGCCUUCCGAGAUAUAUCGGGCGCCAUAGAAUCAACCGACAACCUUCAAUUUUUAGACGAGUUGAUUUCGCUGCUUCGCGAUCGAAUAGCAUUGUAUGACACCUCAAAACGUAAACCGAAGUUGACAAAGACGACAGAAUCAUCUAUGGGAAGCACAGCAGCGACAACGGAUAUUUUCAAUAACAAUGAGGAUCUACAAAUUGAAAUAAACACAGAUAAAGACGAGAUAAACACCGAUGAGGACGAAAUAAGUGCUGAUGAGAAUGAAAUAAACGCUGACGAAGACGAAGGCAACGAGGGCUUAGACGUUACCACGUCUGAUACAGACGAAGAUAUGAUUUCCGAAGAAUUAAACACCGAGAUGAACAUAGAGCACGCUGGCGAGUCUAAUGUGAAUUACCACUCUGCAGAGGACGAACGAUGA